AUGACAUCUAAACUUGGAAGUGGUGGCGGAGUGGCUAGCGGUGUUGCGUGUAUUGUAACACCUACACUUGCUCCGACAACGGUCAAGAUGCAGGAGGCAGCAAGGAGAGCAUCGUUGAGAAAAGAACACACUCCGACGAAUGAAAAAUUUGGAGAUUUGUCGAAACAGGAUUCUCUCGGAGAGCGUGCGUCUUCAAAACUAACGCUAGAUGACGAAUUAUAUGAUAUCCUAUACGCAUUUGGAGAAACCGAUGCUUUCAUCAAUAAAGGUGACAAACAACGGGAGACCGAUGAAGAUGGAAAUCCACUCACUAGACAGGCUCUUCUCGAACGAAUCCGACAGAAGAAGGAGGUGAUAGGAAAACUUCGGUGUCAGGCAUGGAGUAUGACUAGGAAACGAAGGACAUUGAAGCUGGCUCAAAAAUAUCUGGAACAACAUGAGUCGAAAGUUUCAAGGAGUCAUCUUUAUAUGGAAGAAAUGAGAAAACGGGCGAGACUGAUGAAACGGAGUUUUUCAAAUUUUAAGACCUAUUUGAUACCAUGGGAGUCGAAAAUCAAACGGAUUGAAAGUCAUUUCGGAUCAGUUGUUUCUUCAUAUUUCACAUUUCUACGUUGGAUUGUUUUUGUUAACAUUAUGAUCACAUUGAUAGCUGUUGUUUUUGUUGUUCUUCCGGAGACUCUCGCCGACUCUGUUGCUAAUGAGGGACGGUACAAUCGAACAAAAUCACGGAAACAGAUUCCUUUAAAUGAAAAAGUACAUGCGGAUGAGCUUGCAGUUGUUUGGCACUAUGACGGAUACUUACGAUACUCAGCACUAUUUUAUGGCUACUACUCGGACGACCCAUUUCUAGGAAACAAGAUAAAAUAUGCACUGCCAUUGGCGUAUUUCAUGGUUAUGCUGACAAUAUUUGCUUAUAGUUUCUUCGCAAUUCUACGAAAAAUGGCUGCCAAUGCAAGAAUGUCAAAGUUAUCUGGAAGUAAAGCUGAACAAUAUAUUUUCAAUUGGAAACUGUUUACUGGCUGGGAUUACACUAUUGGAAACUCGGAAACUGCUAGCAACACUGUUAUGGCGGUGGUUAUCAAGCUUAGGGAAUCAAUUGCGGAUAUCAAAAAGGACUCUCAUGGAAAAUUCCGGCUUCUCCAGUUUACGCUGAGAGUGUUCGCGAACAUUGUGAUUUGUGCGAUGCUUGGUUUUUCAAUAUAUUGCAUUAUAUUCGCUGUGCAAAAAUCGCAAGUUCAAGAUGAUGGGAAUCUAUUCACAAAAAAUCAAGUUCCAUCUGUUGUCUCGACAAUUACACACGUGUUUCCCAUGAUUUUCGAUUUGAUUGGCAGAAUGGAGAACUAUCAUCCGCGGACCGCAUUGAGAGCACAUUUGGGAAGAGUCUUGAUUUUGUACACCGUCAAUUACAUUACACUGAUUUUUGCGUUGUUCGAGAAAAUGACAGCACUCAGGGAACGAGUGAACUCUACAUCUACCACAGGCCAUAGAAACAAACGACAACAAGGCGGAUGGAAUCCGAAUAUUCAACGGCCACCACCAUACGCCAGCCGUGCCGAAGUCCGCCAAAUGAGUGAAUUCCUUGCCGCUAACACCCGCAGAUUCCAAACUGUCAGCCAGAGAACCACCCGUUCUGUAACUACUCCAUUUACAGUUGCUCCUCAAUUUGGACCGUUCAAUGUGAACAAUCCCAACGCUGUUUUUCACAAUGGAACCCACUCGACUAGUUUUGAGUCUCAAGUUCUCGGACCCAAAGUAUUACCCAUCUUUACUCCACCACCGAGAAAGUAUCAAAACUAUAGUCCAGGAAAUGUAGGACAGCAGUUCGGAGGCCCUGACUUUCCAAAAAAUCAAGUCUACACCAAAUCCACUCCACUCCCACGGGUUCGGACCAAACCACCGUGGGUUUAUACGACAACUCACCCACCAUUGGUACAAAACCGACCGGACAGUUCAAAAACAACUAAAGGUUCAUCGAAAACUGGAGAAUUUGGAGAAUUGGGAGAUCCUGCGACAUUAUCGAAUGAAACCAUUCGGAUGAAUGAAGCGGCUCUGCGGCGCAACCAAGACGGACACAAUAACGAUAUCUGCUGGGAAACUAUCAUUGGACAAGAAAUAGUGAAGCUAGUAACCAUGGAUUUGAUUUUCACAAUCCUCUCAAUUCUUGUUAUUGACUUUCUUCGUGGCCUCUGGAUCAAAUAUUGUUCAUCUUGGUGGUGCUGGGAUAUCGAAACCACAUUCCCGGAAUAUGGAGAGUUCAAGGUAGCAGAGAAUGUACUUCAUAUCAUCAACAAUCAGGGAAUGAUUUGGCUCGGAUUGUUCUUUGCACCGUUGUUACCUGCAAUUAACAAUAUCAAGUUGAUUAUUUUGAUGUAUAUUCGUGGAUGGGCAGUUAUGACAUGCAAUGUUCCAGCAAGAGAAAUUUUCAGAGCUAGCAGAUCAAGUAACUUCUACCUUGGAAUUCUUCUUAUCUGGCUUCUCCUCUGUACUCUCCCAGUUGGUUUUGUUAUUGCUUCAAUGAGCCCUUCCAGAUCUUGUGGGCCAUUUGCCCGAUACGAUCAUUUUUACACUGUAGUGACUCGAGAAAUCGAAAAAAGAGUUGACCAAACUGUUCUGUCCUACAUUCGCCACAUUGCUUCUCCAGGAGUUGUUAUUCCAAUUAUCUUGUUUUUGAUACUCAUAAUUUAUUUUCUGGUCUCAUUGGUGAGAGGUCUCCGGGAAGCCAAUACAGAUCUGCAAGCACAGCUAGUUCAUGAAAGAACUGAAGAGAAGAAAAAGAUCUUCGAGUUGGCUGGUGGCAAAAAGAACAAGUAUGAGAAAGAUCGGGACAAGAAACGGUGUAAUGACUACAUUCCGCUGAUUGAGCAGAGAAGACGAGAACCAUGGAGACAGUAUCAUGAAAUGGAAGCUGAAAACGCGUUGGCAUCUGACUCAUCCGAAGAGAGUGACAUGGGCGAGGAGGAUGAUGACGAUAGACAACCGAUAACAGCAUACCCAUUGAGAUCAGUGGAGACCCCACCGGAAACACUCCAAGUCACUGCAUUCCAUCCAUCUCUGGGAUCUCUCAUCGAAAACCGAGAAAUGGAAGAUGAAGAGAGUGCAAGUGGAGAGCCGCUACCAAUGAUUCAUAAAUCGGUCUCGUUCCAAGGCCCAUCGAACAUGCAACUCCGACAAAGUAUCUCAACGGAGAGUUGCAGUCAGAUAUCAAGAACUGCGAUUCAGGUAGCAACACCUGAGGAGAUACGAGCCUUGCUCCGCCCUUACCUAGAGGCAAAAUAUGGUGUACCGUAUCAGCAUGGAGUAAAAUCAUUCCCGAUUGACGUGCACACACCACCAAAUCACACACCGUCAAGACGAUCAUCAAAGUACAACUCAUUCGUGUCUCUUUAUGAGCAUACCAGAGAUGAUCACAAAACCUUUGUGGCAUCCACCAUCAAAGAAACCGAUUUGGAAGAGGAGCCAAUUAGCAAAAAACCGGGUUCUUCAAAAGAUGUCGCUCCGGAUUUUAUGCCAUGGCCAUCUGCUGAUGAGGCGAAAGCCCUACGAGAAAAAAUGAAACUAAAAGCCCCACUAAUGCUAUCAAAAACGACUGUUGAAGAAAAACCAAAAGGUGGAAAGAGCGAGGGAGAUUUCCGACCACCUGUCCCGAUUCAUAGGAAAUAUAAUAUCCAGGCAACCGAGGAAGAGAAAGAGGAGGAAACAGAUUCCAUGCCGGAGUCGUCGAAGAAGAGGUUCAGAAUAUCGGUCUCACCAACCAAGACUGUUGUCCCUGCUUCUACCAGCAGAGCACAACAUAAAAUCGUAUCGCAAGCCUCCUCAAGUAGUUCAAUUCCACAUGGACGUCAGCCGAUUCCAAACAAGAAAUCGUCACUUGUUUUGUCGCCGAGAGCUCCACGUGUUCAGUUUGAUGAAGAUGAUUCUCCACGACAAAUUGAAUGA